AGGAGGACUCCAGCCAUGGAUGGCCCAACUCGCUGCCUCGGGCUCCGCAAGAAGCGGAGGUCUCGCUCCCAGCGCGAUCGGGAGAGGCGCUCCAGGGCCGCCGGAUUGGGGGGUGCCGGGGCGCCCGCAGCUCCCGGGGCCGGGGCCGGAGGGGCUCCCAGCCGGACCCGGGCGCCGCCGCCGCCGCCGCCGUCCGUCGCCUCGUCGUCGGGCUCCGAGAAGGAAGACAAUGGGAAGCCCCCAGCCUCCGCGCCGCCGUCCCGACCCCGGCCCCCGCGGAGGAAGAGGAGGGAGUCCACCUCAGCCGAAGAAGACAUCAUCGAUGGCUUUGCCAUGACCAGCUUUGUCACUUUUGAAGCUCUAGAGAAGGAUGUCGCACUUAAGCCUCAGGAACGGGUGGAGAGGCGCCAGAACCCACUCGCCAAGAAGAAACGGGAAGCCCUCACCAAUGGGCUGUCCUACCACUCCAAGAAGAAUAGACUGAAUCAUCACCAUUACAGCUCAGACCGAGAAAACGACCGCAACCUCUGCCAGCACCUCGGAAAACGGAAGAAGCUCCCCAAAGGACUGCGACAGCUCAAGCCAGGACAGAACAGCUGCCGAGACAGCGACAGCGAGAGCGCCAGCGGAGAGUCCAAGGGAUUCCACCGGACCAGCUCCAGGGAAAGACUUAGUGAUAGUUCAGCUCCUUCCAGCUUGGGGACCGGCUACUUUUGUGACAGUGACAGUGACCAGGAGGAGAAGGUUUCUGAUGCCAGCUCAGAGAAACUUUUCAACACCGCUAUAAACAAAGAUCCGGAGUUAGCCGCCGGCGCGCUGACCGAGCAUGACCCCCAGGAUGCGGGGCCCGUUGUCCCGAAGAUCUCGGGAUUAGAGCGCAGCCAGGAGAAGAGCCAGGAGAGUUGCAAGGAGCCCGUCUUUGAGCCCGUGGCACCUAAAGACCCCUGUCCUCAGGCAGCGCAGCCGGAGCCGCAGCUGCGGGCGCCGUCCCCAGGUCCGGGCCCCGUUCUGCUCCAGCGUGCGGAAGCUCUUCCUCAGCCUCCGCCCCAGGCCCCUCCGCCGCCGCAGGCCCCUCCGGAGGCCCAGCUGCAGCCUCCCCCCCAGCCUCAGGGGCAGCGGCCGGCCAGGCCUCCGUCGCCCGCCCAGACCGUCCACCAAAGCCUCCCCUCGGUGCAGCCGCACCCCUCCUCUCAGAACCUCUCCCAGCCCUUGUCGGCUUAUAACAGCAGCAGCCUGAGCCUCAACAGCCUGAGCAGUAGCAGAAGUAGUACACCUGCGAAGAAUCAGCCCCCCCAGUCUCAUCUGUCCCACCAUCCUUCGGCCUCCCCUUUCCCCCUCUCUCUCCCCAGCCACAGCCCCCUCCACAGCUUCACGCCCACCCUCCAGCCCCCUGCUCACUCUCAUCACCCCAAUAUGUUUGCCCCGCCCACGGCUUUGCCUCCUCCUCCUCCAUUGACGUCAGGGACUCUGCAGGUUCCGGGGCACCCGGGAGGAAGCACUUACUCAGAGCAAGACCUCCUGCGUCAGGAGUUGAACACGCGUUUUCUGGCCUCGCAGAGUGCUGACCGCGGGGCCUCCCUCGGCCCCCCGCCCUACCUGCGGACCGAGUUCCACCAACAUCAGCACCAGCACCAACACACGCACCAACACACGCACCAGCACACCUUCACGCCCUUCCCCCACGCCAUCCCGCCCACGGCCAUCAUGCCGACGCCAGCACCGCCCAUGGUGCGUACCCCAGGCAGAAAUUUUGACAAAUAUCCUACAAAAGUUGACCCCUUCUACCGUCACAGUCUGUUUCAUUCAUAUCCUCCUGCCGUCUCGGGCAUCCCCCCUAUGAUCCCACCUACUGGUCCCUUUGGGUCCCUGCAAGGAGCAUUUCAGCCCAAGACAUCUAAUCCGAUCGAUGUUGCUGCUCGACCUGGGACAGUUCCCCACACUCUCCUACAAAAAGACCCGAGGUUGACAGAUCCGUUCAGGCCAAUGUUAAGGAAACCAGGGAAAUGGUGUGCAAUGCACGUUCACAUUGCUUGGCAGAUUUACCACCAUCAGCAGAAAGUCAAGAAACAGAUGCAAUCAGACCCACAUAAACUGGACUUCGGAUUGAAGCCUGAAUUCCUGAGCCGCCCACCAGGUCCCAGUCUCUUCGGAGCCAUCCACCACCCCCAUGACCUGGCACGACCAUCCACUUUGUUCUCUGCUGCUGGUGCUGCACAUCCAGCCGGGACCCCUUUUGGGCCCCCGCCCCAUCACAGCAACUUCCUCAACCCAGCUGCUCACUUAGAGCCUUUCAACAGGCCGACUACAUUCUCUGGGCUUGCAGCAGUGGGUGGCAAUGCCUUCGGGGGACUUGGAAACCCGUCAGUUACACCCAACUCAAUGUUCGGCCACAAGGAUGGCCCCAGUGUGCAGACCUUUAGCAACCCUCACGAACCCUGGAACCGGCUCCACCGAACGCCUCCAUCGUUCCCGACCCCUCCGCCCUGGCUGAAGCCGGGGGAGCUGGAGCGCAGCUCGUCCGCAGUAGCUCAUGACAGAGAUAGAGAUGUAGAUAAACGAGACUCAUCCGUUAGUAAAGAUGACAAAGAAAGGGAGGGCCUUGAGAAGCGACACUCCAGCCACCCUUCACCAGCACCCGUCCUCCCAGUGAACUCCCUGGGGCACCCCCGCGGCUCCGCUGAGCAGAUGAGGAGUCAUUUGAACGCCGAGGUUCGCGAGAAAGACAAACCCAAAGAGAGAGAGAGGGAACACUCCGAAUCCCGGAAAGACCCCAGCGCCGAGGAGCACCCGGGGAAGGACGGCCACCUCCCCGAGAAGGAGCCCCACGGGCACGACGGCAGAGCCGUGGCCGACGAGUCCAAGCAGAUGUCCAGGGUCCCGUCCCCGUACGCCCGGCCCCCCGCGGUGGAGAGCGCCCGGCCCAACAGCACCUCGAGCCGAGAGGCCGAGAGGGAGAACCCCAAGAAGGGCGGCGCCGAGGUCAAGGUGAAGGAGGAGCGCAAGGAAGACCACGACGUGCCUCCGGAGGGACCUGCGGCGCACCGGCCCUCCGAGCCGCCGCCGCCCCCCGUCUCCACGACGUCCGGCGUGCACGCGGGACCCUUGGCCUCCAUGCCCAUGACCGUGGGAGUGACCGGCAUCCACCCCAUGAACAGCAUCAGCGGCCUGGACCGGACUCGAAUGAUGACUCCGUUCAUGGGCAUCAGCCCCAUCCCGGGAGGAGAGCGGUUCCCCUACCCUUCUUUCCACUGGGACCCGAUCCGGGAUCCGCUGAGGGACCCCUACCGAGAACUGGACAUCCACCGGCGUGACCCCCUGGGCAGGGACUUCCUGCUGAGGAACGACCCCCUCCACCGCCUGUCCACGCCGCGCUUGUAUGAGGCCGACCGGUCGUUCAGGGACAGGGAGCCCCACGACUACAACCACCACCACCACCACCACCACCACCCCUUGUCCGUGGACCCCCGCCGGGAGCACGAGAGGGGUGCCCACCUGGAUGAACGGGAGCGGUUGCACAUGCUCCGGGAGGACUACGAGCACGCCCGCCUGCACUCGGUGCACCCCACCGCCCUGGACGGCCACCUCCCCCACCCCGGCCUGAUCACCCCGGGCCUGCCCAGCAUGCACUACCCCCGCAUCAGCCCCACCGCCGGACACCAGAACGGACUCCUUAACAAGACCCCUCCCACGGCAGCGCUGAGUGCCCCGCCCCCGCUCAUUUCCACGCUGGGGGGCCGCCCAGUCUCCCCGCGGAGGACUACCCCUCUGUCAGCAGAGAUGAGGGAGCGCCCUCCUUCCCACACUCUUAAGGAUAUCGAAGCUCGGUAAGGAGCGACGCCGACCUGGCGCCAGAGAGAAGCCGCCCGCGAGCCAACGGAACUCCUGCCUCCUCAGCGCGCACCGCGGGGCGGCGAGACCCCGGCCCUCCGUCCCCCUGUACAGAUGUAUAGACUGAAGUGCAAAGAUUUCGAAAUGUUUUUGUAUAUUCUAUGUUGAAAUUUUCCAGAUCUUUAGCCAAGUUCUAUGUUUUUGUGUCUCCUCUAUUUUGUUUCUCGUACACAAAACUUUUUUGAUUUGAACCAAAAGAAAACAGUUGGAGAUGACUAUAACAAACAGACAGAAUUUUUUUUGGGGGGUGGGGCGGGGCGGGGGACAAAAAACCGAACCUUUUGGAAAAAGUCAGCAGAACCCACCGUACAAAGCUAUUUCAGAACAGAAGGGAAGGCCGUGUACAUAUUCAUGUAAAAAAGAAGGCUUUGUAGGCUAACGGUUCAUAUAUGCAAAAGGGUGUGAUAAAAGCUUUACUUUGUACAAAUGUAAAUAGAUAAAAUUAAGUCACAUAAUACAUUAAUACUUCUUAAAAUGUGCUAUUUGCAAACUUAAUAUUGAUGAACACGGUCGGCUUCCGCCCUGUUCCCAUAUAUUAUAGACAGCUAAACCCCUUCAACUAUGCAAUGAAUGUUAGGGCUUUUAACAGAAGCCUUUCUAACUCAAAGGAGCCUUUUCAAAUCCAUUUACAACAUACUUAAGGUCAUAUUUUCCCUGAACGAGCUCUUAAUGUGAUAUGACUUGUUUUCCUUGUUUCAUUUUUUUUUUUUUAAACAGAGAAACAUCUUUCUUAACAAGUUAGACCCCAGGCUCUGGAGCCGUUCACCUGAAGUCAUUGUUUGUGGGCGUUCGAGAAAGUACCGUCUCCCGCGUUGGGACACGGGGCAGCCGCCGACAGAGGGGAUGGGAUUUUCAGAUGCCAGAAUCUGGUGACAAACGUACUCUUGUCUCAGUCAAAUAUUAGGAAGAAGUCCCAAGAUCUUGUAGUUCUACAAACAUACCUCCUCUUGUUGAGAACCAUGCUUUUUUUUUUUUUUUUAAUUCCCCUUCCCCCCCCCCCCCCGAGUGUAUCAUUUUCCCCUCAGUGCAUUUUUCUUUUAAAUAAGGCAUUUAAGAACACCCAAACAAAUCCUGAAAGAAAGCUAAUCGUUUUCUAAGAUGAUGGAUAUGUUUUUACUGUGUUUGAUAGUUAAUGAAUUGAAGAUGCAAAUUUCUCAUUGUGGUUCAUUGUAUUUCAGUUGGUAAUAAAGUCUGGGAAGAACCUAACAGGUCAGCCUUGUUGUAUAUACAGACACCAAGAAGGCAACACAGGCUGGGUGAAAAUAUUUGUUUUAAGGUUUGCAUCCAUCUUCUGUCUCUUCAUAACACUUUUUAUAAUACAUUAAGCUUCUUGUCCACAUAUUUGGAGAGAAUAUGACUUUACUAUCAGAGAAAAUACAAUAUAUCUUGUCUACUGGACUGUAAAAUAUAUGUAUGAAAUAAAAUUAGUUCCAUUGGUCUUCUAGCGUAUUAAAGUGCUAUCUGAAGUUGUUAUCCUGUUUUUGCAAAAAAAAAAAAAAAAACAAAAAACAAAAAACAAAAAAAAAAAAAACAAAAAACAAAAAGCAAAUUAAAAAAAGAAGGAAAAAAAGAAAAGAGAAAAAAAGUCUUAAGUACAGACAGUUGUUUCUAAUGAGCAGAGAGAUCUAUUUUAGUAGUAAACUGAAGGUUUAGUUGUGAGCUUCAGGUUUGUGAAUUCCAGAUGUUGUGCAGUGUUUUUUUUUUUUAAAGAACAACAGCAACAGGAAAAAAAAAAAACCCGACGAAUAUGUACACUGGAACUGUAGUGGUAGUUUUCAGUAUUGUAAAGAGAUUGUUCUAUACCAACAUUUUUGCUGUUUAUCCUGUAUGUAAUAAAGUCCUUUCUAGACCCUAUGUGAAAAAGAAAAAAUGAAGCGGCAGGUUCUUCAGCAUGUUUCUCAUCAGCGGAGACUUCUUGUGUAAUGUAAAGUGUGCCAUGUUAUUAAAAAAUGUGAACUAAA